UAAGCAUAGACAGAAUUAUGAGGUGGCAGUUCUGCCAAGUCUCAGUGUUUAUUCUAGAGCAGAAUGUUCUUGUUGCAUCGAAAAAUCAUCCCUAGAUAAACUUAAAAAUAGUAUCAAAAGAGGAGUCAAUGAGGAUGUCGUUCCAAGAAGACGAAAUUCCGAUUGACCCUCCGAAGCCAAAAAGACUCGCACACAGACACUGUGAAGAUGUUUACGACAGCAAAGGGAAGCUCCUCGCUGUUAUUGGAGAUGAGGAUACCUGCGUUGGAUUUCUUCUUGGAGGUGUUGGAGAAAUCAAUAAAAAUCGACAGCCAAAUUUUAUGGUCGUAGACAAAAAUACUCCAGUCGGUGAAAUUGAGGACACGUUCAAGCGUUUUGUGAAACGUGAUGACAUCGACAUCAUCUUGAUUAACCAAAAUGUUGCUGAAAUGAUACGCCACGUGAUUGACAGUCAUACACAGCCUGUCCCUUCAGUUUUAGAAAUCCCAAGCAAAGAUCAUCCUUACGACGCUAGUAAGGAUUCCAUUCUCAGACGUGCCAAGGGCAUGUUCAAUCCAGAGGAUAUCCACUAAGAUGUACAUUCUGUAAAUACAAUGCAAAGAAAUCAGGUAUAUUACUGUAUUAUAAAAAUAUUCAAUUAUAUUCGUCACUUUGAUCAUGAAAUAUUGUCUAUAGAAUGUAUUACAAAAUGUAUUAAAUUGGAAAGUUUAUGAAACAUUCCUAUAUAAAAUAUCAAAUAUUAUAUUAGUUUAAAAUCAUCAA